UCUCCACCUGCGUCCCAUCAGAAGCAUGAAUUACGCUCGCUUUCUGACAGCUGUGAGCGUGGCGAGAAAACCGUCACCUAUCCGCAUACUGACGGAGCUUCAGCAGCGGUCUCCCCCGUCUCUGAUCUCUUUGGCCGGAGGAGCUCCCAAUCCCAACACCUUCCCGUUCCAGUCGGCCAGCAUUAAAGUGAAGGGAGGCGAAGCGCUGGUGAUGGACGAGCCUCUGAUGAAGAGAGCGCUGCAGUACUCCGGCUCAUACGGUAUUCCUGAGCUGCUCUCGUGGAUGAAGGAUCUUCAGAAAAGCCUUCACAAUCCUCCCACCGCCGGCUACAGUCCAGAGAGAGGACAGAUGGAGAUGUGUGUCACCACCGGCAGUCAGGAGGGGCUCUGCAAAAUCUUUGAGAUGCUGGUCAAUUCUGGAGACAACGUCCUUCUCGACGCUCCCACGUACUCAGGAACGCUGGCGGCUCUGCAGCCGCUGGGCUGUAACCUCAUUAAUGUGGCGAGCGAUCAGCACGGCAUGAUCCCUGCGGAUCUGAGGAAUAUUCUGGAGCGGUGGGACCCGGCAGACACACAGAAACCGGGAAGCAGCGUCCCGAGAGUCCUGUACACCAUCCCGAACGGAGGCAACCCCACCGGAGCGUCCAUGACCAGUGAGAGGAAACAGGAAGUCUAUGAGCUUGCCAGGAAAUAUGAUUUUCUUAUCAUUGAAGAUGACCCAUACUAUUUCCUGCAAUUCCAAAAACCGUGGGCUCCAACGUUUCUGUCCAUGGACGUAGACAGCCGCGUCCUGCGAACGGAUUCCUUCUCUAAGAUCCUGUCGUCGGGCUUACGGAUAGGUUUCGUCACCGGACCGAAGCCGCUGGUGGAGCGAGUGGUGCUGCACAUCCAGGCCUCCACGAUGCACACCAGCACCUUCACACAGCUCAUGGUCUCUCAGCUGCUUCAUAACUGGGGUCCAGAUGGUUUUCUCAAGCACAUUGACGGAAACAAACUCAUCUACAGCUUGGAUGGCUUUCUCUCUUUCUCUCCUGUGUGUUUUGUAGAUGUAGCUGAAUGGCAUCCUCCCAUGGCCGGCAUGUUCCUGUGGAUUAAACUCAAGGGCAUUAAAGACACACAGCAGCUGAUAAUGGAGAGAGCGCUAGAGAAAGAGGUUCUUCUGGUUCCUGGAGGAGUUUUCAACAUCAACAGCUCGGAUCCGUGUCCGUAUGUCAGAGCCGCCUUUUCUCUCUCCACACCUCAGCAGAUCGAUGAGGCUUUUAGGAGACUCGCUGAUCUCAUCAAGGAUGCCAUGUGAGCGGGUUAUUUAGGGCGUAUUAAGGGAAUGAAUUGAUUAUUGACGUUUGUUUUCAAUGCAACUGCAGCCGCUGUGUACAGGGAGAUGUUUUAUGUGAUUUUAAAACUGGUUUUGUGUGUAAAAUGUUUAACCAUAGGAAGGUCACGAUCAGGUGAAUGUAUUUUAUUGCGGUAGUCCGUUACUUUAAAACUUCAUGGUGAAUUGUGAAGGUUAAAGCCGUUGAUUUCUGUGUCUUCUUUAAAGGACGUGACCUGUAAUAUGACUAGUUAGCUGCUAGUAACUCGAGCUGUUAGUAAAUGUAUUGAUAUGUUGCAUGUAGAAGCUUUUAAAACGGCAUUCGACUAAUGGACUCUUUAUCAGAGACUGUAAUGACUCAUUUCUGCUAUAACUUUCAAUCUGUUUUUGUCUCAUUCUGAAAAGUUGUGGGAAUGCAACAGUGGAUUUUUUUCUCUCUCACUGUUUGAGCAAUUGGUAAUGAAAAAUUGUGUUUGCAAUGGUCUCCCAUGUACACCAGAAGUUUACCCUGCAGUAGCUUACUUCUGCUUAUCGGAAAUAUGAAAACAGUUCAUGCUGGUCACCCGUUUUACACUUAAUUACGGAUAUUUUUGAAUAUAGUCCAUUUUACUUGUGUGUCAUUGUGCAUGCUGGUCCUUUUGGACACAAAAUGGUUCAAUAAAUCAAUAAAUAAACUCCAUUUUUGUAUGUA